AUGGAGAAACACCAUGGGCAUGUGUCUGUCCAUUCGGACAUCCUCUCCUUGGAAAACCAGUGCCUGGCCAUGCUUCCUGACCCGAAGACCAUGGACAAACUCGAUGGGCAUAUGUCUGUCCAUUCGGACAUCCUGUCCUUGGAGAACCGGUGCCUGGCCAUGCUUCCUGACUUGAAGUCCAUGGAAAAACCAUGUGGACAUGUGCCUUCCCACCCAGAUGUCCUCUCCUUGGAGAACCGGUGCCUGGCCACCCUCCCCAGUCUAAAGAGCACUGUGUCUUCCAGCUCCUUGCUCCAGUGUCUCCAGAUAUCUCACAUGAUGCAAGAUGAUUUGUGCAGCCUGAACACCAGCACUUGCUUGCUCUCUAAGCCUUCAAUUUGGAGGGCUCAGUGUCUAUCUAAGGAACUAGAUCUUCUGACCUGCCCCAUGGCCUUGAAAUCCAUCUCUGCCACAGAGAAUGUUCAGGAAGCAACUCUGGGCUGUUGGUCGUACUCAGAAGAGAAAAAGCCAGAAGAGAAGGAAGGAACAGAAGCCCAAAUGCCUCUUUAUAGUUUAAGCUUGGGAGAGGAGCAGGAGGUGGAGGAGCUGAUCCUGAAGCUCACAUCUGGAGACUCCGAAUCUUGUCCUGAGCCCACUGACCAGGCCCUUCAGGAAAAGAAGAUGGUUCUAAUGAGCUUGCUGUGCUCUACUGUGGCCUCAGAUGUAAAUAUGGAAGAUGUGAGUGACCCCAUCCGGUCUUCCAUCCUGGCAGCCUGUAGUGAACUUGCACCCUUGGAGCCUGAGUUUAUACUCAAGGCAUCUUUGUACACCAGGCAACAGCUUAACCUGCGAGAUGUGGCCAAUAAACUCUUGGCCAUUGCGGCCUUCUUACCAGCCUGCCGCCCCCACCUGCGACGAUAUUUCUGUGCCAUUGUCCAGCUGCCUUCUGAUUGGAUCCAGGUAGCCAGGUUCUACCAGAGCCUGGCUGAAAGAGACGAGAAGAAGCUGGUGCCCCUGCCUGCCUGCCUCCGUGCUGCUAUGACUGACAAAUUUGCUCAGUUUGAUGAGUACCAGCUGGCUAAGUACAAUCCUCGGAAGCACCGGGCCAAGAGCCGUCCCCGCCGGGCCCCCCGCCUUCCAGUCAGUCUGUGCCUCAGCUCUUGUCAUUCACAACUGAGGCCCCUUUUAUCUCGGAAGUGGGGGACAAGGGAAUAUGCCGACCCUAAGGGGUCUUACACCCAGAACAGAAGGAGUCAGAGAAAUCCAGAGGAGCUGGGUGGAGCUCAGGGGCAGAGACAGCAGAGCAGGCCUCUUUUCCAGCUGGCUUUCUUUUUGGUAGAGAAGGACCUUCGGGGCUAUCAGAAUGGGUCUCUGUAGGGACUACCUCCAUUUCUCUUUCUGAAACUUCUUUUCCUUCCUCUACAGAAGACGAAGCAUCCAUUUUCUAUGAAAUAUUUUCCAAGAUGCUUUAUUUCUCUUAAAGACACACAGAUGAAGUUUGAGGCAUCCUACAAUGACGUGCCAAAGAAAAAGCAUCAGUCAAUGUUCACUCUGAAGAAAUUGGUACAGCGACUGCAUAUCCGGGAGCCUGCUCAGCACGUCCAAGCACUCCUGGGCUAUAAAUACCCCUCCAACCUACAGCUCUUUUCUCGAAGUCGCCUCCCUGGGCCAUGGGAUCCUAGCAAAGCUGGGAAGCGGAUGAAGCUCUCUAGGCCAGAGACCUGGGAGCGGGAGCUGAGCCUGCGGGGAAACAAAGCUGCCGUCUGGGAAGAACUCAUCGACAAUGAGAAGCUACCCUUUAUGGCAAUGCUUCGGAACCUGUGCAACCUGCUGCGGGUUGGAAUCAGCACCCACCACCACGAGCUUGUUCUCCAGAGACUCCAGCAUGCGAAGUCGGUGAUCCACAGUCGGCAGUUCCCAUUCAGAUUCCUUAAUGCACAUGAUUCCAUCAAUUACCUUGAGGUUCAACUCAGAAAUAAAGCAUUGCCCUUUCCUUCCAAUACAAAACUGAUGAGGUCGAUAAUGAUCAGAAACUCAAGAAAUGGCAGGAGUUGUGCCCUCAACAGCAGUCGUCGUGAGCUUCGGGCAGCAAUGAUGGUACCUGUGUUGUAUGAGCAGCUCAAGCGGGAGAAGCUGAAAAUACACAAGGCCAGACAAUGGCAGUAUGAUGGUGAGAUGCUGGACCAGUAUCGACAGGCCCUGGAGACAGCUGUGAACCUCUCUGUGAAGCACAGCCUGCCCCCACUGCCGGGCCGCACCCUCUUGGCCUAUCUGACAGAUACAAAUGCAGACAAGCUCUGUCCCAAGAGCAACUCACAAGGGCCCCCGCUGAACUAUGUGCUGCUAUUGAUUGGAAUGAUGAUCGCUCGGGCAGAGCAGGCUGAUAUCUUGCUGUGCGGAAGAGGCACUCUGAAGACUGCAGUGCUUAAGGCAGAAGAAGGUAUCCUAAAGACGGCCAUCGAGCUCCAGGCUCAAGUCCAGGAGUUGGAAGAAAAGCAUGAAUGUCCCGUGCAUACUUUUGGGAAAUACCUGUUGUCUCUGGCUGCUCAAAGAGUCCCUGUGGACAGGGUCAUCCUCUUUGGCCAAACGAUGGAUAAGGUAAUGAUAAAUGUGGCCAAACAGAUUUUCUGGCAGCAUGUGAAUUCCAAGUGCCUCUUUGUUGGUGUGUUCCUAAAAAGGACAGGAUACAGAUCACCAGAUAGGAAUCCCAAUGAUGUGACACUCUCAGGCUGUACUGAUGGGAUACUGAAGUUCAUCGCAGAGCGUGGGGCCUCCCGUCUUCUGGAACAUGUGGGCCAAAUGGACAAAAUAUUCAAGAUUCCACCUCCCCCAGGAAAGACAGGGGCCCUGUCUCUCCGGCCACUGGAAGAAGAUGCUCUAAGGCCCUUGGUUCCCAUUUCCCAGCUUGGAUGGCGCAGCAUCCGGCUUUUUAUUUCAUCCACUUUCCGAGACAUGCACGGGGAGCGGGACUUGCUGCUGAGGUCCGUGCUGCCUGCACUACAGGCCCAAGCGGCACCCCACCGCAUCAGCAUUCUCGGCAUUGACCUGCGCUGGGGCAUCACUGAGGAGGAGACCCGCAGGAACAGACAACUGGAAGUGUGUCUUGGGGAAGUGGAGAACUCGCAGCUGUUUGUGGGGAUUCUGGGCUCCCGUUAUGGCCACAUUCCCCCCAACUACAGCCUCCCUGACCAUCCUCACUUCCGCUGGGCCCAGCAGUACCCUUUAGGGCGCUCUGUGACAGAGAUGGAGGUGAUGCAGUUCCUGAAUCGGGGCCUCCGCCUGCAGCCCUCUGCCCAGGCUCUCAUCUACUUCCGGGAUUCUAGUUUCCUCAGCUCUGUGCCAGAUGCCUGGAAAUCUGACUUUAUUUCUGAGUCUGAAGAGGCUGCACAUCGGAUCUCAGAACUGAAGAGUUACUUGAGCAGACAGAAAGGGAUUACCUGUCGCAGAUACUCCUGUGAGUGGGGGGGUGUCACAGCUGGCCGGCCCUAUGUUGGGGGGCUGAAGGAGUUUGGGCAGUUGGUUCUGCAGGAUGUGUGGAAUAUGAUCCAGAAGCUUUACCUACAGCCUGGGGCCCAGCUGGAGCAGCCAGUGUCCAUCCCAGAUGAUGACUUGGUCCAGGCCACGUUUCAGCAGCUGCAGAACCCACCGAGUCCUGCCCGACCACGCCUUCUUCAGGACACAGUGCAGCAGCUGAUGCUGCACCGUGGGAGGCUGAGCCUGGUGACUGGGCAGUCGGGACAGGGCAAGACCGCCUUCCUGGCAUCCCUUGUGUCAGCCCUGCAGGCUUCUUCUGAUGGGGCCAAGGUGGCCCCCUUAGUCUUCUUCCACUUUCCAGGGGCCCGUCCAGACCAGGGCCUUGCCCUCACCCUGCUCAGACGCCUGUGUACCUAUCUGCAUAGCCAAGUGCAAGAGCUGAGCACCCUCCCCAAUACCUACCGAGGCCUGGUGUGGGAGCUGCAGAGGCUGCUGCCCAAGUCUGCUCAGGCCCUGCAACCUGGCCAGGCUCUGGUCCUGAUCAUUGAUGGGGCCGACAGGUUGGUGGAUCAAAAUGGGCAGCUGAUCUCUGACUGGAUCCCAAAGACCCUUCCCCGGAAAGUACACCUGGUACUGAGCAUGUCUAGUGACUCAGGCCUGGGGGAGACACUUGAGCAGAGCCAAGGUGCCCACGUGGUGGCCCUGGGGACUCUGGAGCCAUCUGCCCGGGCCCAGCUAGUGAGAGAGGAGCUGGCUCUGUACGGGAAGCGGCUGGAGGAGUCGCCUUUUAACAACCAGAUGCAGCUGCUGCUGGUGAAGCGGGGCUCAGGUCUGCCACUCUACCUGCGCUUGGUCACCGAUCACCUGCGGCUCUUCACGCUUUAUGAGCAGGUGUCUGAGCGGCUCAGGACCCUGCCUGCCACUGUCCCCCUGCUGCUGCAGCACAUCUUGAGCACCCUGGAGCAGGAGCACGGCUCCGAUGUCCUUCCCCAAGCCUUGGCCUCCCUUAAGGCCACACGUAGUGGUCUGACUGUGGACCAGCUGCAUGGAGUGCUGAGUGCGUGGCGUAUACUGCCCAUGGGGACUAAGAGCUGGGACGAAGCAGUGGCUGCUGGUAGCAGUGGAGACCUCUACCCCAUGGGCCCAUUUGCCUACCUAGUCCAGAGUCUGCGCAGUUUGUUAGGGGAGGGCCCCCUGGAGCGCCCUGGUGCCCGGCUGUGCCUCCCUGAUGGGCCUCUGAGAACAGCAGCUACACGUCGCUAUGGGAAGAGGCUGGGGCUGGAGGAAACGGCACACACCCUCAUUGCAGCUCAGCUCUGGAAGAUGUGUGACCCUGAUGCCCCAGGCACUUUCCGAAGCUGCACUCCUGAGGCUCUGGGAGACCUGCCUUACCACUUGCUCCACAGUGGGAACCGUGGCCUUCUUUCAAAGUUCCUCACCAGUCUCCACGUGGUGGCUGCACACCUGAAAUUGGGUCUGGUCUCUCGGCUCUUGGAGGCCCAUGCCCUCUAUGCUUCUUCAGUCCCUGAACAGGAACAAAAGCUCCCUGAGGCUGACGUUGCUGUAUUUUGCACCUUCCUUAAGCAGCAGGCUCCAAUCCUCAGCCAGUACCCCCUACUCCUGCCCCAGCAGGCAGCCAACCAGCCUCUAGACUCACCUGUUUGCCACCAGGCCCCCCUGCUCUCCCAGCAAUGGCACCUCCGGCGCAUGCUGCGAUGGCUUAAUAAGCCCCAGACCAUGAGGGAUCAGCAAACCUCCAGCCUGACUCUGGCAGUUUCCUCAUCCCCCACCGCUGUGGCCCUGUCCCCCAAUGGGCAAAGAGCAGCUGUGGGAACUGCCAGUGGGACAGUUUACCUGUUGGACCUGAGAACCUGGCAGGAGGAGAAGUCAGUGGUGAGUGGCUGUGAUGGAAUCUCCUCCUGCUCAUUCCUCUCUGACAGUGCCCUCUUUCUCACUGCCUUCAGCGGGCUCCUGGAGCUCUGGGACCUGCAGCAUGGUUGUCGGGUGUUCCAGACCAAGGCCCACCAGUACCAAGUCACUGGCAGCUGCCUGAGCCCAGACCGCCGGCUGCUGGCUACCGUGUGCCUGGGGGGAUGCCUAAAGCUGUGGGACACAGUCCAUGGGCAGCUGGCCUUCCAGCACACCUGUACCAAGCCCCUGAACUGCACUGCCUUCCAUCCAGAGGGGCAGGUAAUAGCCACAGGUAGCUGGUCUGGCAGGUUCAGCUUCUUCCAUGUGGACGGGCUCAAAGUCACCAAGGAACUGGGGGCCCCAGGAGCCUCUGUCCGUACCUUGGCCUUCAAUGUGCCUGGGCGGGUUGUAGCUGUUGGCCGGUUGGACGGCACGAUGGAGCUGUGGGCCUGGCAAGAGGGGGCACGGCUGGCUGCCUUCCCUGCCCACUGUGGCUUUGUUGCUGCUGCGCUUUUCCUGCGGGCUGGGUGCCAGUUACUGACGGCUGGAGAGGAUGGCAAGGUCCAGGUGUGGUCAGGGUCUCUGGGUCGGCCCCGUGGGUGCCUGGGUUCCCUCUCUCUCUCUCCUGCCCUUUCCGUCGCUCUCAGCCCAGAUGGUGACCAGAAAGUCUUCCUCUCUCUCUCUAUUUCCAAUGCAGAGGAUUUCACGGUGCAGCUGUGGCCGAGGCAGUUGCUGACACUGCCUCACAGGGCAGAAGAAUUUCCCUGUGGCACUGAGCUCCGGGGACAUGAGGGCCCAGUGAGCUGCUGUAGCUUCAGUGCUGAUGGAAGCAGCCUUGCUACUGGGGGCAGGGAUCGGAGCCUACUCUGCUGGGAUGUGAGGACACACAAAGCCCCUGUUAUGAUCUGCUCCUUCCCUGCCUGUCACCGUGAUUGGGUCACUGGUUGUGCCUGGACCAAAGACAACCUACUGAUCUCCUGCUCCAGUGAUGGCUCUGUGGGGCUCUGGGACCCACAGUCAGGACAGCAGCUUGGUCAGUUCCUGGGUCAUCAGAGUGCUGUGAGCGCCGUGGUGGCUGUGGAGGAGCACGUGGUGUCUGUGAGCCGGGAUGGGACCUUGAAAGUGUGGGACCAUCAGGGUGUGGAGCUGACCAGCAUCUGUGCUCACUCGGGACCCAUCAGCCACUGUGCAGCUGCCCUGGAGCCCCGCGCAGCUGGACAGCCUGGGUCAGAGCUUCUGGUGGCAACUGUUGGACUGGAUGGGGCCAUAAGGUUGUGGCAUCCCCUUUUGGUGUACCAAACACACAGCCUCCUGGGACACAGUGGCCCAGUCAAUGCAGCUGCUGUUUCAGAAACCUCAGGCCUCCUACUGACUACCUCAGAGGAUGGUACCAUACGGCUCUGGCAGGUACCUAAGGAAGCAGAUGACACAUACAUACCCAGGAGUUCCUCAGCCAUCACUGCUAUGGCCUGGGCACCAGAUGGUUCCAUGGCAGUGUCUGGAAAUCAAGCUGGGGAACUAAUCUUGUGGCAGGAAGCUAAGACUGUGGCCACAGCACAGGCUCCAGGCCACAUUGGUGCUCUGAUCUGGUACUCGGCACACACCUUCUUUGCGCUCAGUGCUGAUGAAAAAAUCAGCGAGUGGCAAGUGGAACUGCAGAAGGGUUCAACACUCGGAAAUUUCAGGAACACCUAUACAAGUCAUCCUAUGAUGCUGUACACCCACAAGGAAUAUGGUGUGUUUUUCCUGCAGCCCACGGAACAUGGAGUUCUUUUGACGCAAAAGGAAUCAGGAAAGUUUGAAGUGAGUCUGGAAUUUAAUCUGAAUUUAGAGAAUCCUACUAGGACCCUACUAUCCAUAACUCAGGCCAAACCUGAAUCUGAGUCCUCAUUUUUGUGUGCCAGCUCUGAUGGGAUGCUGUGGAACCUGGCCAAAUGCACCCCUGAAGGAGAAUGGGCCACAGGUAACAUAUGGCAAAAAGAAGUAAAAAUGCCCAAAACCCAAACUGAAGGGACAGACCCAUCUCUGUGCCAGGAAUCUCUAUGCCAGGAAUUAGAUACCAGCAUAAUUAGCUGUUCACCAGCCAUACAUCUAACAACGCGGCAACGUAGAAAGAUUCACUCGGGUUCUGUCACAGCCCUCCAUGUGCUGCCUGAAUUGCUGGUGACAGCUUCAAAGGACAGAGAUGUUAAGCUGUGGGAGAGACCCAGUAUGCAACUGCUGGGCCUGUUCCGAUGCGAAGGGGCAGUGAGCUGCCUGGAUCCUUGGCUGGGUCCUAAUUCUACCUUACAGCUUGCCGUGGGAGACACACAGGGCAAUGUAUACUUUCUGUCCUGGGAAUGA